AUGGCCCCGGCCCUUCCCCUCUGCCGGCCGAGGCCGCCCCGGCCCCGUCCCCGGUUGUCCCGGCGCGGUCUCGCCCUCGCCCGGCUCCCGGCGCGCCGGCUGUGGCGCUGCUGGGCGCUCCUGUGGGGCUGGCUGUGGGACGGGCUCGGCCUCGCCGCCCCUUGGCUCCGCCUGGCUCGAGCCCGGCGCCUGCCGGGGCCGGCGGGGGACGCGGGCGCCGCGGCCGCUGCCGCCUCCUCGGCGGCUUCCCCGGCCAGAGCUCCGCCGCUCGCCAGCCCGGCCGCCGGCAGCGAGCCGCCGCUGCCCGCUGCGGCUGGGGAAGCCCGGCCCGGGCCGCUUGAGGGGCGCUCGGGGGCCGGGCCGGGCCCCGGCCCGAACGCUCCCGGCCACGUCUCGCCCGCACGGAAGGCCAAGGAGCCGCUGCACGAGCGCUACCGGCUGGAGUCGCUGCUGGGCAGCGGCGGCUUCGGCCGCGUCUACGCGGGGACCUGCCUGGCGGACGGAGCCCCGGUGGCCAUCAAAGCCGUGUCCCGGGAUGGCAUCCGGCAGUGGGGCGAGCUGCCUGACGGCACCCGGGCACCCCUGGAGAUCGUGUUGCUGAGCAAGGUGUCCACUGGCUUUCCUGGUAUCAUCCAGUUCCUGGAGUGGUUCGAGCUCCCCAACGGAUUCUUGAUGGUUAUGGAGCAUCCGGAGCCGUCUCAGGACCUCUCACGCUUAAUCACGGCGUGGGGGUUCCUGCCGGAGGAGAUGGCGUGGGGGCUGUUCUGCCAGGUGCUGCAGGCCGUGCGGCACUGCACCAGCUGCGGCGUCCUGCACCGGGACAUCAAGCCCCAGAACAUCCUCCUCCACCUGGCCACCGGCGAGGCCAAGCUCCUGGACUUUGGAUGUGGCACCUUCCUCCAGGACACGGCCUACACCCAGUUUGCAGGUGAGCCCACAGCCGGGGGAUGCUCCUGGUGCCGGGCAUCGCAUGGCCAUGCCCGGGUGUGGCCCCGGAGAUUGCCCCUUUGGCUGAGGGGGAACAGG